CCAUAAGACUAUAGUACAUUUUGAUCAAGUUAGUACAGUAAAUUAUGCAAUACGACUUCGUUUAGCAACACCACUAGUCCACUACUACCCUAAAAUUAACGAAGGAAGCGCAAAAAAAUUGAAUUGGAAGACGAAAAUAUCUAGCGCGGGAAUGGAAAAGGGAAGCAGUAGCAGAAGAAAGAACAACAACAACAACAAGCAGCAGCAACAGCAACACGAUUUAGAGUUAGAAAAAGUUCGUUUAAUCAGUUUAGCUCUUGAAUUCGGCUACGAUGAACACUCCGCAAUCCAAUGUUUCGAUCGUCUUGUGGAUCUCUACGGUGAUGAUGGUCGUGAUUUUAUCACCGUUGAACAUUGCGGCGAUGAUUUUCUUGUUGCGUUGGCGGAAUCAGUACAAGACACGGAGGAAUGGGAUGAUUUACGCGAAAUGGAAUCACAAGCUGUUGGAACUUUGAAUCACGUGCUUGAUGAAGGUCUUGCCACGUGCGGUGAUGCUUCUAGAAGUUUUGUUGAUAUUGUUGACGAUUCACCUCAGAAAUGCCGAACCAAGUUUGUGGAGUUGGGUUCAAGUGAUGAUGAAGGUGCAGAUUUUAAUGUUUCUAGGGUUCAACAUCCUCCAAACUCCGCGGAUUGCAGAAGUGGCAUCACUCCAGGCUCGGUUUCAUCAACUUCCAGAAAAAAACAGUCCUCCUUUGCUUCAAAGGAAAGAAAUAGUACUCUCACUUAUGAAGAAUUGAAGGCGCUAGAUGAUAUUGAAUUGGCAAAUGUCGUUAUCUUUGGUAAUAAGACAUUUCGACCAUUGCAGCAUCAAGCAUGUAAAGCAGCUUUGGCUAAACAAGAUUCUUUUAUUCUUAUGCCUACUGGGGGUGGUAAAUCUCUUUGCUAUCAGCUUCCGGCAACCCUUCAACCAGGAGUUACAGUAGUUGUGUCUCCCUUACUUUCACUUAUUCAGGAUCAGAUAAUAACACUUAACUUGAAGUUUGGAAUCCCUGCUACAUUUUUAAAUUCUCAACAAACUGCUUCACAAGCUGCAGCUGUUCUCCAAGAGCUAAGAAAAGACAAGCCUUCGUGCAAGCUCCUGUAUGUGACACCUGAGAGAAUCGCCGGAAACCAAUCAUUUAUUGGCAUUCUAAAAUGCAUGCAUCAGAAGGGACAACUAGCAGGUUUUAUUGUUGACGAGGCACACUGUGUUAGCCAAUGGGGACAUGAUUUCCGGCCUGAUUAUCGUGGAUUAGGAUCUCUUAAGCAACAUUUUCCGCAUGUACCUGUCAUGGCAUUGACUGCCACUGCAACACACCCAGUUCGCAAGGACAUCUUAAAUGCUUUAAGAAUUCCACAUGCAAUUGUUCUUGAAAGAAGCUUUGACAGACCAAAUUUGAAAUAUGAAGUGAUUGUUAAGACAAAGGAACCACUGAAGCAGCUUGGACAACUACUAAUGGAUCGUUUCAAGAGUCAGUGUGGCAUUGUAUACUGCCUUUCAAAAAGUGAAUGCGUUGAGGUAUCAAAAUUCUUGAAUGAGAAAUGUAAAAUUAAGGCAGCAUAUUACCAUGCCGGCUUGGCUGCCCGCCAGAGAGUUGCCGUUCAAAAGAAAUGGCAUGAUGGAGAGGUCCAUAUUGUAUGUGCAACUAUUGCUUUUGGGAUGGGGAUAGACAAGCCUGAUGUUCGAUUUGUCGUCCACAACACGAUGUCAAAAUCAAUUGAAAGCUAUUAUCAAGAAUCAGGAAGGGCUGGAAGAGAUAAUCUUCCUGCCGUAUGCAUUGCUCUAUACCAGAAGAAAGAUUUUAGUAGAGUAGUAUGCAUGAUAAGAAACGGCCAAGUAUAUAAGAAGGACAGUUUUAAGACAGCAAUGGCUCAAGCCAAAAUGAUGCAACAGUACUGUGAAUUAAAGGAUGAAUGCCGGAGACAAACCUUACUCAAACACUUCGGAGAAUCUUUCGAUAGAAAGUCUUGCAAGAAUGGCUCUAGCCCUUGUGAUAAUUGUCUUAAGACUGCAUUGUGAGUUGCUUCAGUAUCAACUCUGCUGUGUUCUAACCCAUUCAACAUGUGUUUGCUUUGGCAUUUGCAAGUAAUUAAACGUGCGUCCAUUUCGAAGCUCCAAUUGGUAGCUUCAAUCAUAUAGUGUGGCAACAGCAUUCCUGCUGCAGUUCCAAACAGCAUCUCAGCAGACCUUUUUAUUUUAUAGUUAUGUUGUACCCGGUUGAAAAGUUAAAAUAUCUCUCUAGAUCAUCAAAUUUUUCAGAUCUAAUUUUAAGGCAAUAGAUGUAUUCCACCACAGUAUAUACAAAAAUAAAAAUUGAUCAUCCAAGA